AUGUCUGAGGCGACUCGAGCACUGACCUUUGUCUUCAUGGACCUGGAAGCCACCGGUCUUCCGAAUGUGGACCCAGAGAUCGCCGAGCUGUCCCUGUUCGCCGUCCAUCGCUCCUCCCUGGAGAACCUGGAGCGGAAUGCGGCGGGCACCCCGGUGCUGCCCCGCGUCCUAGACAAGCUCACCCUGUGCAUGAGCCCGGAGCGCCCCUUCACUGCUAAGGCCAGCGAGAUCACAGGUCUAAGCAGUGAGGGCCUUGCCCAGUGCCGGAAGGCCGGCUUCGAUGAUGCGGUGGUGAAGACACUGCAGGCCUUUCUGAGUCGCCAGGAGGGUCCCCUCUGCCUUGUGGCCCACAACGGCUUCGAUUACGACUUCCCUCUACUGUGCACAGAGCUUCAGCGCCUGGGCGCCCAGCUGCCGCCGGAUACCAUCUGCCUGGACACACUGCCCGCGCUCCGGGGCCUGGACCGCACCCACAGCCAUGGCACCCGGGCCCAGGGCCGGAAGAGCUAUAGCCUGGGCAGUCUCUUCCACCGCUACUUCCAUGCUGAGCCGAGUGCUGCCCACUCAGCCGAGGGCGACGUGCACACACUCCUCAUGGUCUUCAUGCACCGAGCGGCCGAGCUACUGGCCUGGGCUGACCAGCAGGCUCUCAGCUGGGUCAACAUUGAGCCCAUGUAUACCCCGGAGGCCCCAAGCCCCAAGGCCUGA